AAUGUUCUAUUAUUCAGAUUUUUUUGGAAAAAGUUUUGAUAUCAUUGAAGAAAGAUAUCAACAAAAAAAACUUUUUUCAACCUUCUGUGAAGUAUCAAAUGAUUUCACAGAAGAAAAUAUUUAUAUUGAUUCAAAAACUCCUUUACCAAUGAUAUUUGGAGUUAAAAAGGAUAAUAUUAAAGAAAAUAAUAUUGAAGAAAGGUGGGGAGAAAGUGAAGAAGAAUGGGAGGAUGAAGAGGAAAAUCUUAGUGAUUAUUAUGGUGAAGGUUAUAGGGAUCAUUAUGAAUAA